AUGAACGAGUCAGACGCUGAAGACGAACACGAUAACCAAGACGAGCAAGAAGAGCAAGAGGAUCAAGAAGAGAGCCUGAAGCUUGAGGACCAGCGUCGGCAGCGCAUUCACAGCUGUCGCGUCGCAGAUAUCCGCAAGAUGUCUGCUAUCGGCGACUUCAUUUGGCGUGACGGAAUCGAGCGUGUUUACCUUGCCAAAGACGGCAACCUCCCACUGUUCUGCCUCGCAUCAGCUGCGCUUUCAGACGAAGGAGUCACUCGGCUACACUCAAUCGUUCGUGACACGCUGCGCACCAGUGGAAACCGAGCAUUUGAGAUAUUCAACGAGGCGGAGAAGGUCGUGUUGGUCGAUGAAGGAAUGGAGGCUGUUGCUCGCGAAUAUGACGCUGUCGACAACGCUGAGCUGCGCAGAGAGAUUAUGGUGAUUAAACUCAAGAAGAAUAACUUUGACAAGGGAGAAGACCCCGACGCCACAGUGUUUGUUCACGAGUAUCCGCACCUCGACGACUACGAAGUUUGGGUGAAGCGUUUCUCCACGCAUCGUGGCAAGGAAUUGGAAGUAGAGAUCGCUGCCUUGGGGGCGCGCGCGAUUCAGCUCGUGCUACUUGCUAAAGACAAGAACAUACAGCUCGGGAUGAAUGGAUCUGCGCUCAAGCAAGUGUUCGAUUUACACGUUAGCCACUGCAACGAGCUUCGAAGACAAGUAGCCGAAGCUGAAGACAGACUGGGUCAAUCAUCUACCGUUCCGCGAGCGGAUACUCCGAAUGUCGAUAUAUUUGACAGCGAUGCCAGUGGUGAAGACGAGGAAGAGAGCGACUCGGAUGCCACUCUUAACCAGCUCUUAACCCAGCAGCGUCGAAUCACCGGGGCCACCAGCGUCAUAGGCAAAAAGCGUGGCGUCACUCAUCAGUCGACGGGUCGCAAAAAAAGCAAAGGGGAGACAAAGCAACUGAGGGAAGCUGAGAUCGAGGAAUACAAGAAAGAAGCCACGGAAAGCAUCGCCGCCAAGUCCAACACGUCAUUCGGAAUCGUCUCCAAGGACACCUGGGUGAAGUUUUAUGACUUGGCGUUCGAAACAGAUCUGUUUGAGAAGAAUCGCCAGAUCUUUGAUGAUUUCAUUGGACACAAGAUCAUAACUGUCGCGACGGACCACAACAUAAUAAGGCGUGCUAUCGCUGAGCUCAACGCACAUGAGACGAUGGUGGCGAACAAGAGCUUGGAAGAGAGUGUAGCAGGGAGUGAUGAGUUGGUCAACCACGGACCUGUAGCUCGGUCAAUGAGCGCGCCGCCAAAGUAA